AGGGCAGACCCAGACCGCGAGCCCGUUUGCUCAGAGAGAGGUUUAUCCUCGAUUCGCCUCCCCUAACCAGUACACCAAAAAAGAAAGAGAGAGAAAGAGAGAUUAUAAAAUAGAGCUAGAGAGAGAAACCAAAUACUCUCUGCAUAAAACAUCGUGCUUCAAUAUUUGUAUUUGGCUUUCCAAUUUUCAAUUCAAUCAACCAUUCAAUCCCAAUUUCGUUUCACCACCAAAAUCUGAGACUAUAACACAUUAGGGAUUCAUCACACCACUCUCAGUCUCCCAUGCGUUAGGAUAACCCAGGUGAUAGAUAUUUCAAGCGUUUGGACCUGUAAGGUGUCGUUUUGUAUGAGAUAUAGGGUUUCGUAUUUGAUGGAUGAGAUCUGGGAGAGGGCUGUCGAAACGGCGUUAGACGGCGAGAAGGACCACGCCUCCGCUCGAACCCUAACCCUAGACGGCGCCGUUAAGUGCGUCCAGGGACGGUUACCCCCUCCGAGCCUUCUCGAAAGGUUCCAGAACCUUCAGCACCUGUCGAUUGCAAACGUCGGCGUUUCCUCUCUGGAGCAGUUUCCGCGGCUCCGGAAUCUUCAGAAGUUGAACCUCUCCGACAACCGUAUCGCCGGCGGGCUCGAGUUUUUGGUCCAAGCUGGUCUCGAUUCACUUCGAGACCUCGAUCUCUCCAACAAUCGGAUUCAGUACAUUGAGGAUCUCGCGCCACUCGCGCAGGUGAAGCUGGUUUCGCUGGAUCUGUAUGAGUGUCCCGUGACGCGCGUUAAGGAUUAUCGAUCUAGGGUUUUCGGGUUGAUUAAGUCGCUUAAGUACUUGGAUAAGAUGGAUGCUGAGGAGAACGAGAGGCCCGAGUCUGAUGAUGAGGAAGAGGAAGAUGAGGAGGAGGAAGAGGAUGAUGAUCCUGGGAGUGGAGAGAUUGAUGGAGAAGAGGAUCGACCUUUUGGAAUGAACAAUGGACACAGUGAAGGUGUUGAUGGUGUUGUUGAUGCUGACGAGGAAGAAGAGAGUGAUGCGGAUGAAGAGGAGACGGAGACUUCUAGGCGAAGGGUGAAUGGGGAUAGUCAUCAGGAGAAUGGAUUUCGUGUUGCUCCAGUAGUGGGGGAUGAUGUGGAGGAGGAGGAUGAUGAUGAUGAUUCCGGGGAGGAGAUUGAUGAGGAGGAGGGUGAUGAUGAUGAUGUGGUUGAGGUUCAUGAGAUUGAAGAUAGUGAUGAUGAGGAGGAUGGAGUGGAGUAUGAUGAGGAUGAUGAUGAUGAAGAUGAUGAGGAGGAGGAAGAAGUGGAUAAUGAUGAGGGGGAUCUUGCGGAGCCGGAGAGUACUGGACGGUUGACGAGCACGGAGGGUGAGAUUGAUGGUCAUGAACAGGGGGAGGAGGAUGGAGAUGAUGAUGAUAAUGGGGAGACUGGUGAGGAUGAGAUGGGGGUAGAAGAUGAUGGAGAGUUUGAAGAUGAUGAUGAAGAAGAAGAAGACUAUGGUGCUGGAUAUCUUGUUCAGCCUGUUGGGCAGUCUGAUGCUCUCAAUGCUGGAGGUGCUGAUGUUGAUGGUGGGAAUGAUGAUGGUGAAGAGGAGGAGGAAGUUGAUGAUGAUGAUGAUGAUGAUGUUCAGGUGUUGCCUCCUGACUCUUCACACCGCAAGAGGAAGAGGGAUGACGAUGAUGAUGAAGACGAAGAAGACAAUGAAGAUGACGACGAUGUUGUAGCUUUCACAAAGUCACCCAAGAAGCAUCAUUGACGCACCAUUCUAAUAUCUCGUGUUCUUGUUCUGUUGAUGGCUUCCAAGUAUUGGAAGCAGGGACACCUCAGUUUAGAUAGAACGAUGGUUAGCUUUUAGGAAUAUUUAGCUCUCAUGGACAGAGGACAUAUUAAUGAAAAAAAAAUUGUAUGAUGGGUGGAAAUAUGUUUAGUUCAAAAAGUCGUUAGUGUUUUUUCCCUCUUGCCUUUCACAUAGCCGUUACUCUCUUAAAUAUUCAAAUGGCAGUUAUCAGAGGUUUACCGCUCUUGUGCUCGAUGCAGUUGUUGUUGGCUUGUAAAGGAACUGGCCUGUGCCUAGAGGGAAAGGGUGGGAACCUUUUAAUUUUUUCUUUUUUCAAAUCUCUAGUUUAUUGGAGCACUUUUUUGGUGGGAGAAAAAGGAGAAGCUUGUAAAAACACCUGUAGAUAGUUCUUAUGAAAAUGAUUCCGAUCAAUCAAAUUUGGUACCUGUUGUGUAAUGACGUGUCUAUUUCAUAAAUUAUUGCCUUUGUUACGUGGAAUUAUUCCAGUUUCUGCCUUAAAUUUAUUGAUCUUGAU